CUGGUAGUAAAACCGGAAAGAGGAGCAGAGCAGGUGAACUAUAUUUUAAAGAAUUUAAUUCUCAUUUUUGGGUGAGACCUGAAACUCCAUUUGACAUAUUGCAUAAUACAAAUACAUCCGCUAGAAAACGUCGUCGUAACCGCACCCCACCACCAGCUUAUGAAAUGUCAUCAAUUCUAAGUACAAGUCGCCGUGAAUCCACCACUAAUCAAAGGAAUCGAUCAGCAUCACCUAUCCGAAGAGCUACUGGAGGAAGGAAUGAGGAUGUCAGUGAAACAGCCACCACCGGUAAUAAUCGAGAUAAUGGAAAUAAGGUAAAUGAUGUGAGUAGGGAUUCAGGCCGUAACGCAAAUGGUGUGAGUAAGGAUUUAGAUAAUGUAACAUACUCGUCUUCAUCAAAGCUUAAUACAUCUACAUCACGGAAUGAUAGUGAUGUUAGUAUGCCUGAUGUUGUAGAUAAUCAGCCACCUCAAGUGUAA